AUGGAUAUUUCUUCUCAUCAAUCUCGCCUCCUACAGCAACUGAAUGAGCAGCGCAGGCAAGACUUAUUCUGUGACUGCAGUAUCCUGGUUGAGGGGAAGGUCUUCAAAGCACAUCGCAAUGUGCUGUUUGCCAGUAGUGGUUAUUUUAAAAUGCUCCUUUCUCAGAGCUCAAAAGACAUGAGUCAGCCAACAACUGCUACCUUUCACAUGUUCUCCCCUGAUACUUUUAUGGUCAUUCUGGACUUUGUGUAUUCAGGCAAGUUAUCUCUUACUGGUCAAAAUGUGAUUGAGGUAAUGUCAGCUGCCAGCUACCUGCAGAUGACAGAUAUCAUUAGUGUUUGUAAGACUUUCAUUAAAUCUUCACUGGACAUCAGUGAGAAGGAGAAGGAUCGCUACUUCAGUCUUUCAGAAAAAGAUCUGAACAGUAAUGGAACUGAGAGUCCAUGCUUAUAUAGCACAGAAUGGAGAGUAGAAAGCAGUCCCCCGCAUUCUCAAAUGGACUCUGAUGUAGGGGUAUCUAUGGUGGGUGGAAAUUCCUGGAGUAAUUGCACCUACUACUCAGCUUCACAAAGGAACACCCAACAAUCUCACUUGACCAAACAGACUCAAAGACGGCAUUCCUUUAAAAAACGUAUCAGGCAUCUUGGAUUGCCACAGUCCACUGACGUCCCCCAUUGUAAAUCAAGGAAACUUGGAGAUAGAGCUUCAGAACCUACUAGCCACAUUUCUCAAUCUGAAGAGCAAACUCAGCUUGAUACAGAAGUUGACUUUGCCCAUGCUGGGUAUCAACAUGGUCUGAGAUCAGAGGUGUUGCCAAGGAGCUUGCUAGAGACCCAGCAGGAGCAUGAAUCAUCUAGAUCAGCCAACAAGUCUAAAUCAUCAAAAGCAGAUGAGCUAUAUGCAAAUAUGCCCACAAUUUUAGGUGUUAUGGGGAGUUGGAUUGAAGAUGAUGUGAGGUUCAAGUGCCCAUUUUGUACCCAUAUGGUGAAGCGGAAAGCAGACCUAAAGCGUCACCUUCGUUGUCAUACAGGGGAGCGACCCUAUCCAUGUGAGGCAUGUGGUAAAAGAUUCACAAGGCUAGAGCAUCUGCGUAGCCAUUUUCGAACAAUUCAUCAGGCUUGUAAGCCAAUAUGCAGAAAGUGUAAGCGCCACGUGACUGACAUGACAGGGCAAGUGGUGCAAGAAGGAACAAGGCGCUACAGACUGUGUAAUGAAUGUCUGGUUGAAGCUGGUAUAGAAAGCAUUCCUAUUGACUUGGAGGCUGAACAAUCACUUGGGUUUUCACCAGAAGAAGAGGACAAGGAUUCUAGGUGGCACUUUGGUGAAGAACACAGAACUAAAGAAGUUGUGGAGGAUGACUCUGCUGGCUUAGUCAUCCAGGAAGUUGAUGAUAGUGAAGAUGAGGCUGAGAAAAAGGAAGUAAAGCCAAAUAUUAGUUAG